CGCGUUCGCGAGCGGUUGUGCCAUGUGUCCCAUUUCGACGGCUCUGUUCAUAAUAGCGGCCUUUCUGGCCUUGAUCUAUAUCUUUCUGACCUGGAACUUUAACUACUGGAAGAAGCGUGGCAUACCAUCUGCGAAGUCAUGGCCUUUUGUGGGCAGCUUUCCCAGCAUUUUCACGCAGAAGCGCAACGUGGUCUACGACAUCGAUGAGAUCUACGAGCAGUACAAAAACACUGAUAGCAUCGUGGGGGUGUUCCAGACUAGAAUGCCACAGCUCUUGAUCACAAGUCCGGAAUAUGCGCACCAGAUUUUGGUUAAUGACUUCCGAAGUUUCCAUGAUAAUGAGAUGUCUAAGUUUACCAGCAAAAAGGCAGACAAAAUCCUGGCCAACAAUCCAUUCAUUUUGACGGGUGAGUCCUGGAAGGAAAGACGUGCGGAGGUUACACCCGGACUUUCGGCCAAUCGGGUCAAAGCUUCCUACCCGGUCUCCCAACGCGUUUGCAAAAAGUUUGCCGAGUAUCUGAAAAAGCAACAAAAGAUGGCCCCCUCGGAUGGUCUGAAUGCCAAGGAAGUGUGUUUGCACUAUACCACCGAAGUGGUUUCCGAUUGUGUCCUGGGUAUUUCCGCUCAGAGUUUCACGGAUAAUCCCACACCCCUGGUGGGAAUGAUCAAGCGGGUCUUUGAGCAGUCCUUUGGAUUCAUAUUGUACACAGUGGUGGCCAAUCUCUGGCCACCAAUUCGGAACUUCUACAGCGUCAGCCUUUUCGCCAAGGAUGUUGAGGAGUUCUUCUACGACAUCAUGAGGAAGUGCAUCCAAAUGAGGCGGGAGAAUCCAGAACAACAGCGAGACGACUUCCUCAACUACAUGCUGCAGUUGCAGGAGAAGAAGGGCUUGGACGCUGUGGAGUUGACCUCACACACCAUGACUUUCCUUACGGACGGAUUUGAGACCACUGCUCAGGUUCUAACCCAUGCACUUCUCCUACUGGGUCGCAAUCCUGAGGAGCAGAGGAAGUUGAGGGAGGAAGUCGGCACUGCCGAGCUGUCCUUUGAACAGCUAAGCGAACUGCCCUUCCUCGAGGCAUGCAUUCAUGAAACUCUACGACUUUUCUCUCCUCUAAUGGCUGCUCGCAAGGUGGUAACUGAGCCCUACGAGUUUGUAAACAAAAAUGGAGUGAGCGUUAAGGUUUAUCCCGGCGAUGUGGUCAUCAUUCCAGUUAACGCCCUCCACUACGAUCCCCAGUACUACGAAGAUCCGCAGUCCUUUAAGCCCCAGCGAUUCCUGGAGGUCAAUGGUGGAGCCAAGAAGUACAGGGAUCAGGGUGUCUACUUAGGUUUUGGCGAUGGACCGCGUAUUUGUCCAGGCAUGCGUUUUGCACUCACCCAACUUAAGGCCGCCCUGGUGGAAAUCGUGCGGAACUUUGACAUCAAGAUUAACCCCAAAACCCGCAAGGAUAAUCAGUUUGAUGAUACCUACUUCAUGGCUGCUUUGAAGGGGGGCGUUUGGCUGGACUUUGUGGAUCGCAAUUAGACCAUACCAUACCUCAUAUCUGCUUUCAUAUUAUACAGAUGCCACAAAUUAUUAUUAAAUAUAGUUUGUACAGCUGCAAU